CACCGCCUUGAGCCCGCCUCUCAGAAAGACGGCUGGCGCAUGCGGCCCGGCCGAGCACUGGCUGUCCGAGGCUCACCCCGAGCGCGUCGGCCUUGCAGUGCCUGACGCGACACUCUGAAGCCGGCCUCAGGUUAAAAAGGAAAAUGAAGUACAUUCUAGUUACUGGUGGUGUUAUAUCAGGAAUUGGAAAAGGAGUCAUUGCCAGCAGUGUGGGCACAAUACUCAAGUCAUGUGGCUUACAUGUAACAUCAAUUAAAAUUGACCCCUAUAUUAACAUUGAUGCAGGAACAUUCUCUCCUUAUGAACAUGGAGAAGUCUUUGUGCUGGAUGAUGGUGGAGAAGUUGACCUUGACUUGGGAAAUUAUGAGCGGUUCCUUGAUAUCCGCCUUACCAAGGACAAUAAUCUGACCACAGGGAAGAUAUAUCAGUAUGUCAUUAAUAAGGAGCGCAAAGGAGAUUACUUGGGAAAAACUGUCCAGGUUGUCCCUCACAUCACAGAUGCAAUCCAGGAGUGGGUGAUGAGACAGGCGUUAAUACCUGUAGACGAAGAUGGCUUAGAACCUCAAGUGUGUGUUAUUGAGCUUGGUGGCACAGUGGGAGACAUUGAAAGCAUGCCCUUCAUUGAGGCCUUCCGUCAGUUCCAGUUCAAGGUCAAGAGGGAGAACUUUUGUAAUAUCCAUGUCAGUCUUGUUCCUCAGCCCAGUUCAACAGGGGAACAGAAGACAAAACCUACCCAGAACAGUGUUCGGGAGCUUAGAGGACUCGGGCUUUCUCCAGACUUGGUGGUGUGCAGGUGCUCAAAUCCUCUUGAUACGUCUGUGAAAGAGAAAAUAUCAAUGUUCUGCCAUGUGGAACCUGAACAAGUGAUCUGUGUCCAUGAUGUUUCUUCCAUCUACCGGGUACCCUUGUUGUUGGAAGAGCAAGGGGUUGUAGACUACUUUCUGCGGAGACUUGAUCUUCCUAUUGAGAGACAGUCACGGAAAAUGCUGAUGAAGUGGAAGGAGAUGGCAGACAGAUAUGAUCGCUUGCUGGAGACCUGCUCUAUUGCUCUUGUAGGCAAAUACACCAAAUUCUCAGACUCGUACGCCUCUGUCAUUAAAGCUCUAGAGCAUUCUGCACUGGCUAUUAACCAUAAGUUGGAGAUCAAGUACAUCGACUCUACAGAUCUGGAGCCCAGCACCCUGCAGGAGGAGCCUGUGCGCUACCAUGAGGCAUGGCAGAAGCUCUGCAGUGCUCAUGGAGUGCUGGUUCCAGGAGGAUUUGGUGUUCGGGGAACAGAAGGAAAAAUUCAAGCAAUUGCCUGGGCUCGGAAACAGAAGAAGCCUUUUUUGGGUGUGUGCUUAGGAAUGCAGCUAGCAGUGGUGGAAUUUUCAAGAAAUGUGCUGGGAUGGCAAGAUGCCAAUUCUACAGAGUUUGACCCUAAGACUAGUCAUCCUGUGGUUAUAGACAUGCCAGAACAUAACCCUGGGCAGAUGGGUGGAACCAUGAGGCUGGGCAAGAGGAGAACCCUGUUCCAGACCAAGAAUUCAGUCAUGAGGAAACUCUAUGGAGACGUAGACUACUUGGAAGAGAGGCACCGUCACCGAUUUGAGGUGAAUCCAGUCUUGAAAAAGUGCUUGGAAGAGCAAGGCUUAAAGUUUGUUGGCCAAGAUGUUGAAGGCGAGAGGAUGGAGAUUGUGGAAUUGGAAGAUCAUCCAUUCUUUGUUGGGGUGCAGUAUCACCCUGAGUUCCUGUCCAGGCCCAUCAAGCCCUCCCCUCCCUACUUUGGCCUUCUUCUGGCCUCUGUGGGGAGGCUCCCACAUUACCUUCAGAAAGGUUGCCGACUCUCACCCAGGGAUACUUAUAGUGACAGAAGUGGGAGCAGUUCCCCUGACUCUGAAAUCACUGAACUCAAGUUUCCAUCAAUAAAUCAGGACUGAUCCGGAUGAUUCUUCAAGAAAGCCUUCAACUUUUGAUAGUUUACAACUAUGAUUUUACACUCUGCUUUUGACACUUCUUUUAAAUUAUGUUUUUAUUAAGAUUAUUUUAUUAUGGGGGAAAAGGUAUUUGGAAAACUUUUGUCACUUGCAUGUCCCAUCAUUUAUACUGGAUCCUGCAAUAUAUGUAUUUAUGGGACAAUUCCUUCGAGAUUUGUUUCUGAGAUUGGGAAGCAGGACUCUGGAUGGGACCUGAUAGUGGCCAGUGGCUGGUUAAAGGCCACCAACCACCUUGUUUAUCUUUCCAGCCACUUGAAUCACUGUCAUUUGAGUGAGUUGCUGUUUUUUCCCUGGGUGCCAGGGCUUCCAGUGCUAGGCUGCUAACUGUGGGUGUUGUUGGAAUCUCAGUGCUGCUGAGUUGUAGGGGACUUGGUGCCAGCUGUGGUUGACCUUCACCAUCCAGAGGGAUGUUUGGUUCUUUGGUACAUCACACAAGGUCUGUCUAUAUAAAGUGUCACAUAAAAACUCUGGGUCUCUGGCUAAACUUUGUAUUCCUGGGGCUGAGUAUACUCCUUGUAUCAAGGGGUCAAGAAACAAGGAAUCUUUGGGUAACUGGUUCUGAAGCCCUCUCUUGUGUAUGCAGCAUUUGAUUUGAGGGUAUUUUUUUCUUUCAGAAUGGUGUUAUACAGUUGAAAUGCAAUUUGAAGUUAUUUUCUUAUUGUGACAUAGCAGUGGGCAUGGCCAUGUGCCUACAGUGUGGUGGCUGGCUCCAUGUAUACUCCUAAUUCAAUAAAUAAUGCGGAACCA